AUGGCUUUACAAUAUGCGCCGACCACGAGAAACGUGGAUCACACAAAGUCCGAUGGUGAACUCGCGAUCAACAUAAGAAAGGCGACGAGUAUUGAGGAGACAGCUCCAAAGCGCAAGCAUGUGCGCAGCUGUAUUGUUUAUACUUGGGAUCACAAGUCCUCGGGGGCUUUUUGGGCGGGGAUGAAGGUACAACCUAUCCUCGCGGAUGAAGUACAGACCUUCAAGGCCUUGAUCACCGUCCACAAAGUCCUGCAAGAAGGUCACCCCUCCACCCUCCGCGAAGCAAUGUCGAACCGAAAUUGGAUCGAUAGUCUAAACAGAGGAAUGUCCGGAGAAGGACUUCGAGGAUACGGACCAUUGAUCAAAGAAUAUGUAAACUUUCUGCUCGCCAAACUCUCGUUCCAUAGCCAACAUCCGGAUUUUAAUGGAACUUUCGAAUAUGAGGAGUAUAUCAGUCUGAAGGGAAUAAAUGAUCCUAAUGAAGGCUACGAAACCAUUUCUGAUCUGAUGCAGCUUCAAGAUCGCAUAGAACAAUUUCAGAAGUUGAUUUUCUCACAUUUCAGACCCGGUGGAAACGGAAACAAUGAAUGUAGGAUAUCUGCGCUGGUACCAUUGGUGCAGGAGAGUUAUGGAAUUUAUAAAUUCAUCACUAGCAUGUUGCGAGCCAUGCACACCACAACUGGGGACGACGAUGCGCUCGAGCCUUUGCGAGGCAGAUACGACGCUCAGCAUUACCGCCUUGUAAAAUUCUACUAUGAAUGCUCCAAUCUCCGAUAUCUUACGAGUCUUAUCACUGUACCGAAACUCCCACAAGAACCGCCAAACCUGCUUUCCGAAGACGAGACUGCUCCUCGCUUACCCCAAAGACCGAAACAAGAAAUCGAGCGACAGAUUACUCCACCAGCACCACCGAAAACCGAAGAGCCAGGGGACAUUGGGGAGUUCUGGAAAAAUGAGCAGGCUCGGCAGAAUAGAGAGUAUGAAGAUCAGCAAAGGGCGCUAGAGCAACGUCAGCAGCAACAGUUGUAUGAGCAGCAGCAAGCGGCCCUUCAAGCUCAGCGAGAUUUCGAGGAACAACAGCGGCAACUUGCUGAGCAGCAGAGACGGGAACAGGAGGCUCUUCUUGCUCAGCAGUAUCAGCAGCAAACUCAGGGUCGUAUGCAACAACUCGAGCAGGAGAACUUCGAUGCACGUGCUCAGUAUGCUCGUGAUCAAUUGACACUGCAACAGUAUGACCAGAAACUCAAGGCGCUGGAGAAUGAGCUUGCUCAGCUUCAAAACAGCUACGGUCAACAGAUGGGAAGCAAAGACGAUCAGAUUCGAGCCCUUCAAGAGCAGGUCAACACGUGGCGGACAAAAUAUGAAGCGCUUGCGAAAUUGUACUCACAAUUACGACAUGAGCACCUGGAUCUCCUGCAGAAGUUUAAGGGUGUUCAAUUGAAAGCGGCCUCUGCGCAGGAGGCAAUUGACAAGCGUGAAAAGUUGGAGCGCGAGAUCAAGACCAAGAACCUGGAACUUGCCGACAUGAUCCGAGAAAGAGACAGAGCUCUUCACGACAAGGAUCGCCUUUCUGGUGGAAAUCGGGAGGAAGUAGAGAAGCUCAAGCGGGAAUUACGCAUGGCUCUCGAUCGUGCUGACAACUUGGAGAGGAGUAAAGGCAAUGAACUUUCCUCCAUGCUUUCAAAAUAUAAUCGAGAAAUGUCAGAUCUCGAGGAGGCUCUUCGAAAGAAAUCACGUGCCCUCGAAGAAGUGCACUCCAAGUAUAGCGAGGGUGGUUCUGAUGCGGAGCGCUUGUUGAGUGAAAAAGAGGCCGAAUUAGAAGUGUACAAGCAGAGUUGGGAGGAGUCUCUGCUUAAGCUGAACGAAUUGGAAAUGUCAAAGGGUGCAACCGACCAAGCUUUAGAUGGCGAGAUCGAUGCCAUGCUCCUCUCCAACAUUGAAAAGAUCAACGACAUCAUCGACUCGGUUCUACAAAGUGGUGUUCAGCGUGUUGAUGAUGCUAUUUACGAACUGGAUUCAUCUAUGCAGGCCGGAAAUCAAAAUGCGACGCCUUCAUACGUUCUCUCGCAGAUUGAGAAGGCUUCCUCAUCAGCUACCGAAUUUGCUACGGCUUUCAACAAUUUUAUUGCGGACGGUCCAAACAGUAGCCAUGCUGAAAUUAUCAAAACCGUUAAUGUCUUCUCCAGUUCCAUGUCAGAUGUUCUCAGCAAUACCAAGGGUCUCACGAGGCUCGCCACGGACGAGAAGAAGGCGGAUCAACUCGUCAAUGGAGCACGACAGUCUGCACAAGCUACUGUUAGAUUCUUCCGCAACUUGCAGAGCUUCCGCCUCGCGGACCUAGACGAAGAAGCGCGGUUGGAGGUCUCCAUCAAUAACAUGAGUGAAGUGCAGAGAAAUCUCCAAAAUCUGAACAAGAUGGUGGAUGUAUUCGCACCAAAUUCUGGCCUAAUCAGUAAGAACAAGGGUGAUCUCGGUGAUCUUGUCGACAACGAAUUGAGUAAAGCUGCAGAUGCUAUCAGUGCUGCAGCUGCACGUCUCGCUAAACUCAAGUCCAAACCCAAGGAUGGAUACUCAACUUACGAAUUACGAAUUCACGACUCAAUAUUGGAUGCUGCGAUUGCAGUAACAAACGCCAUCGCAAGACUGAUCAAGGCAGCAACCGUCUCGCAGGCAGAGAUUGUCCAGGCUGGUAAAGGCACAGGUGACAAAACUGCUUUCUACAAGAAAAACAACCGUUGGACUGAAGGACUCAUUUCCGCUGCCAAGGCUGUGGCUUCUUCCACCAACACAUUAAUUGAGACCGCCGACGGCGUUCUAUCCGGGCGUAAUAGCCCCGAGCAGUUGAUCGUUGCAUCUAACAACGUGGCGGGCUCAACGGCUCAAUUGGUGGCUGCUAGCAGAGUCAAGGCUGGCUUCAUGAGCAAAUCCCAGGAGUCACUGGAGCAGGCCAGCAAAGCCGUUGGCGCGGCCUGUCGCUCCCUUGUGAGACAGGUUCAGAGUAUGAUUGAAGAUCGUAAUGGUGGAGAGGAACAGGUGGAUUAUGCCAAGAUGGGCGCUCAUGAGUUCAAGAUUCAGGAGAUGCAGCAGCAGGUCGAGAUUCUACAACUUGAAAAUGGAUUGGCCGCGGCGAGGAAGAGACUCGGUGAGAUGCGUAAGGUUUCUUAUCAGGAAGAGUAG